GACAUCACCUCACCACCUAUACAUGUCAAAUCUGGUGUCCCUCAAGGAUCCGUUAUUGGACCACUUUUGUUUUUAAUUUAUAUAAAUGACCUCCCCAACAACAUUUCUUCAAAGAUUCGCCUAUUAGCAGACGACUGUGUGGUAUACCGUCAAAUAUCUAGUCAAAGCGACUGCCUGGCCCUUCAAAGUGAUUUGGAUAUCAUACUUUCAUGGUGUGACACGUGGCAAAUGCAGAUAAAUAUAGAUAAAACAAAAAUAAUGACAUUUACCAAUCGUCGCUCAUCUUUUCAAUACGACUACAAAGUUAUAGAUUCAAAAUUGGAUAAAGUAUCCACAUAUAAAUAUUUAGGAGUCCACUUAACUUCCAACCUCUCCUGGAACACUCAUCUAGAUUAUAUCCUUAGGAGGGCUAACCAGUCACUUGGUUUCUUAAGAAGGCAUUUAUAUAUGGCAACAGCAGAAACGAAGCUACUUGCAUACUCUACCCUCAUUAGGCCAAAGUUGGAAUAUGCAGCUAUAAUUUGGAACCCGCAUCAAAAAUAUUUGAUUAAUAAUUUAGAAUCAUUACAAAACAGGGCCACCAGGUUUAUACUAAAAACGUAUUCACCUAUAAGCGUCAGUCAACUUAAGAGUUCACUUGGUUUAUUGACUCUCCACCAGCGAAGAUACCUCGCAAGGUUAUCCCAUUUUCAUAAACUCUAUCAUAGUUCCUCAGAUUUCCGUCAAAACAACAUUCUCCCACCGGCUCGCAUUUCCCCUCGUCAUGAUCAUUGUUACAAAGUUCAUAUUCCAUUUGCAAGAACUAAUCUGUUCAAAUACUCCCCGUUCGUACAAGCGGCGACUGAAUGGAAUGAGUUGGCAAGCGAAAUUGCGACGGUCACUGAUCAUGAUACAUUUAUGUUGUUAUUGCGUGAAUCUUUAGGGUGAAUGAAUCAUAUAUUGCCCUGUAUGUUUGUUACUCGCUCGCUGGGUCUAUUGCUUUUUUUCUAGCACGUCGACUGCCUCCAAUGAUGCGAGUGCGUGUGUGGCUUUUUUGUUAUGUAAUGUCUUCCCUUCAUGGUUCUGUUUAGCGUGACACGAUGUCUUCUAUUUUUUCUUGUAAAAUAUUGUAUGAUUAUGUAAAAGUUUA